ACGAUCGCACAACAACACAGGCUCAAAGGAGUCAAUCCACUCACUGCAGCUGUCCAAAACGAAAAAAAUAAAAGAAAGCAGGGAAAGAUGGCUGCGUAUUCUUCGCUCCUUCCCUCCUUCCACUCCUUUUCUUCUCCACCUUUUUCGUCUCCAUUUUCUAGCUCCCCAAACAGAAAAUCCAUUUCCUUUCCCUCCAAAUUCCUCUCUCCCACUCCCCAUCCCAACCCCCCUAUCCUCUCCUUCCCUCAACACCACCACCGCAAUUACGCUUUCACCCCUAACGGUAAUAGUUGCUGUAGCAGCAGCUCUAACAACACCACCACCAAUCCUUCGUACAUCCGCAAGCUCCUAUCAUUCUCCUUCCCUCUAGCUUCGCCCCUCGUUCUCUGCGCUUCGAUCGCCUUGUCUUUCUCUCUCCUUCUUGCCGAUGUUGACCCCGCCUCGGCCUUUGUGGUCACCACGCCUAGGAAAUUGCAGACCGAUGAGCUAGCUACGGUUCGCCUUUUCCAGGAGAACACGCCCUCCGUAGUUUACAUCACCAAUUUAGCUGUCAGGCAGGAUGCGUUUACGUUGGACGUGUUGGAGGUGCCGCAGGGCUCGGGUUCGGGCUUCGUGUGGGAUAGAGAAGGUCACAUUGUUACCAAUUACCAUGUGAUUCGUGGCGCUUCUGAUCUCAGGGUUACUCUUGCUGACCAGACAACUUGUGAUGCAAAAGUUGUUGGAUUUGAUCAAGAUAAGGAUGUUGCUGUUCUGCGUGUUGAUGCAUCCAAAGAAAAACUGAGGCCCAUACCUAUUGGUGUCUCUGCGGACCUGCUUGUUGGUCAAAAAGUUUAUGCCAUUGGAAACCCUUUUGGACUUGACCAUACUCUUACUACUGGCGUUAUCAGUGGGCUUCGCAGAGAAAUUAGUUCUGCUGCUACUGGCCGACCCAUUCAGGAUGUGAUACAGACAGAUGCGGCCAUUAAUCCUGGCAAUAGUGGAGGGCCACUAUUAGAUAGUUCUGGAAACCUAAUUGGUAUAAAUACAGCUAUAUACUCUCCAUCUGGUGCAUCCUCAGGUGUUGGAUUUUCAAUUCCUGUUGACACAGUUGGUGGCAUUGUUGACCAGUUGGUGAGAUUUGGGAAGGUCACAAGACCGAUUUUAGGUAUUAAGUUUGCGCCUGAUCAAUCUGUGGAGCAAUUAGGAGUAAGUGGGGUGCUUGUCUUAGAUGCUCCUGCAAAUGGUCCAGCUGGUAAAGCGGGCCUGCAACCAACUAAACGGGAUAGCUAUGGUAGACUCAUUUUGGGUGACAUCAUAACAUCUGUGAACGGUAAAAAGGUCACCAAUGGCAGUGAUUUGUACAGAAUUCUUGACCAGUGUGAAGUGGGUGAUACGGUGACUAUCGAGGUGUUACGUGGUGAUCAUAAGGAGAAGAUUCCUGUAAUACUAGAACCAAAGCCCGAAGUGUCAUGAUGUGCCUAGCGGUCCAGCAUGUAUAUUUUAGGCACAUGUAUACUUAAAAAUAUUAUUUUUGUGCGUUAAUUGUUUCAUGCUUAGGGGCCCUGAUGUACAUAUGUAUUUCAACUGCUGUAUUACCUCUGAUAACAAAGUUCUCAUAUUGUUGAGGGCAGACUGUCGAACAGUAAUAUCCUUUUGUGGGUAUCACUGGAAAGUGAAGAAUAUAGAAAGUCUAUAAGUGGGAUGUAAGAGCUGCACCUAUUUGUUCCUUGAGCUAA